AUGCGGCGUCUAUGGUGUGCCCUCGUAGGCUGCCAACAACAAGUCGCCCGCGGCGGGGUCACGCCAGAUGGCCAGCAGCUGCCAGACUGGCUGUCCUGGUCUGACUACACGACGACCAUUGAUGGACGACGAGUCACCACGGGCAGCAUUGUCCAGGUACCACAGACAUACUAUGGCCCAAGCAUCCCGCUCAACAGCGACUGGACAUUUGGAGGAUCAUCGUCGCCUACCGCAUCGACGUCAAGUAGCGGAUCGUCCUCGGCUCCCACAUCAACAGGCUCAGCAUCAGGAACAACCGAGACCGCCUCUGGCUCGCAGCCCUUGCCAUCGUCUGGCUUGUCGUCGACCCAGUCAUCAGUUGCGUCCUCCUCCCCCAGCGCAACUCUAUCGUCGAGCGAAUCUCCAACCACAUCAACUACUACAUCAUCCACAGUGUCUACAAUCCCAACAUCCCUCACGUCCUCCCUGACAACCGGCUCCGCGGCCCUCACAUCCUCAUCCCUACCAACCUCUCAGCCCACAUCCUCAACCCUGCCUUCCUCCCUAACCUCCCGAACGACAACACCCCCUUCCUCCUCUUUCACCUCCUCCUCCUCCUCCUCAUUACAUGCGUCCACAACAACUCAACCUUCUGCAUCGACAUCGACAGCGGUCACCGGCAUCGUCCCCCAUUCCCACAACAACGUCAAGACCAUCGUUCCCGCAGUCAUCCUUCCCGUCGUCGCAGUCAUCGCCCUCAUCCUGCUACUGCUGUGGUGCUUGAAACACCGACGACAAAACUAUCGCGAGGAACGAAGUUUCAAGAAUGCACGGUGGGCUGCAGUGGCCACUGGAGAACACUCUGAGAAGCCGCUGGGCGGGGGUGGUGCCGGAGGUCCCGCCGCCGUAGCGGGGGCCGCAGGAGCUGCUGCUGCUGCUGCGGCUGCUGCUGCGGGUACUGAGAAGAACCCGUUCAUCGGCGAGGGAGAAGAGACCGGCUCGGCUGGCCACGGUGACGAGCAGUCGUCUUUGCUUCACGAGCACGAGCGCGAUCCCGGGUUCGUCACUGCUGGCAUGGCACCAACAGGCGGCGCCAUUGCUGGUGUCGGGUUGUUGCGAAGCCUCGGCAUCGGCCGACGACCCAGUUACGGGUCGAGCCGCACAUCGUCGUCCUCGACCCGCAACAUUAGCGGUAACACGAUGGAGAAGGUCAUUGGUCUCGUGGGGCUCUCCCCGGCGAUACCCUCGGGAUCGACACAGUCUCAGGACCGUUCAGCAAGUGGCGGUACAACAGGACAGACCGGCUCCACCAGCGGCACCACUACCGAUGCCAAGCGUUCGUCCGGAGGGACAAGUACUGGCGCCUAUGUUCCCAUAGGCGACGAUGACCUGUUCUACGCCGUCCCUAGACCAUUCACCUCAUCGCCAGGGACGUCGUCACCCAACGGCAGCGAGGCCUACUUUACAGCGGACAGCCAGGGCAAUUCGGGCAAUUCAGGCAGCACUGUGCAUGUCCGAGGGGAACACGGUUCGCUAGGCAGCAACUCUGGUUCCUCGAGCGAAGGAUCGCGACGCUCUGGACGGAGUAAGGCCAGCAGUGGACGUGGUAGCGGCCGUGGCGUCACUGGUCGUGUCCAUUCGACCAUUCCCGAAGAGGCCGCCGUCGUGGGUGGUAUGGCCGCAGUGGCAGCCGCAGGGGCAGCCUUCUAUGCUGCCCGCCGCCACCACAGCGACCAGGAUGUGUACGACCUGAGACAGGACACUGCCUCGUCGAGUAGCCCAUCGCAGUAUGACUCGGCUGGCUCGGGCUCCGCUACUGAUCGCUCUGGUGGCUCUGGUGGUCCUAACCGCCCGUCCAUGGACGUCACCGAGUUUGGCCAGACUCGCCCUCGUCGACGUGACCGCCGCUUCCCGCCCACGACCGAGGUGUUUGUCACCCAAGGUAGUGGUGGCAGAGGCGGAACGUACGCGCAGUCCAACUUGAGUGCCGGCACCUUUGGCACAUUAGACGAUGAGAGCCGACCAAGUGUCGAAUUCCACAGCGUCCCCCAAGGCCCACGACCGCCGCUCGCUGCCCCGGUCGCUGGCACUGGGCCCGACAACACGUCUACGUUAGGCUCCAUUGUCAGCGGAUACUCUGGCGGCUCUGGUUCAGUGAAUGACCGCCCUUCACUCGAACGACCAUCGCUGGAACUGGCAUUGUUGGGCCAUUCACGCACAAACUCAGGGGACCGUCCUUUCCUCGCCUUCGUUCACAAACGCUCAAUGUCCGGCUCCGACAGGCCACUUCCACCUGUGCCGCCGACAGCGUACAGCCCCUCCAAGAUGGCUGCCAGGAGUGAACCACAUCUUCUCCGCACCUCGAUGGGCGGCGUCAGGCGCGAGGGCCCCGGACCACUUCCACGCCGACCCUUACCUUCGGCCAUUGUUGGUGGUGACAUGAUGCUGUCACCCUUUGGCCCCGGACGUGACGGGACGACACCACUCUCGAGUGCCCAGAAGCAGCAAGAGAUUGCUGCCCAGCAGAUGGCAGCUAGGCGAGAAGCUAAAGCUCUCCAGCGCACCUCUCUGUCGCCAGGAGCUGGAGCCUCGCGCUCUGUUGGUGACCUGAGCACCUCCCAUCCGUCCGAAACGGCAUCCAGCUUUGACGUUUCGUCGCGCAGAGGCUCAGCACCUCGGCUGACCGUUUACGACGAGUUUGGCAUGAACGUCACCAGACCUGAAAGUAGCAGGUCGGUUCCGACACUGUUUGGUCCACACGAUCCCGGAUACGGUACCACCGGCAGUGGUAAUACGUCUGGUUCGAGCCAGUUGGGCUCGGUAUCUGAAGUGGCGGACGACAACCUCCUGGGUACGGUUAUUCAUGGAGCCCGGUUUACCCCACACGAGAGUCAUUCUCCUACGAGGUCCCGCUCGAGGUCUCUCGGUCGAGCUAUACCGGGCACGCCACCGACGCCUCGCUCUCCGCUGUACGGCGUCGUUGCCGCAAGAGGGAGUGACAGCAGCGAUGACCUGGUGCAGAGCUUCCCCGAUCCACCAACCAGUGAAGGAGAGCACUCGCCGGCGUGGCAACAGUCGCCAGCAGUGACGGUUAUGAACCCCGACGAGGACGAGCAGAGGGGGAGGGGAGGUGCAAUCCGCGAUUUGUUUAGAGGAUGGAGCAGACAGUAG